AUGCAUUAUCACUGUGACUCUGCUGCCUUUGACUACUGGGGCAAAGGCACGUCGGUCACUGUGACAUCUGCUCAACCAUCUGCACCAAAGUCAAUCUUUGCCAUGUCUCAGUGUACUUCUGAUUCUGAUGGGUUCCUCACCAUCGGCUGCUUGGCAAGAGGUUUCUCACCUGCGGACUCGCUUACGUUCAAAUGGAAGGAUUUUGCUACAAAUGAGUUGAGUGAUUUUGUGCAGUAUCCGGCGUUUGGACGGGAUGGAGACUAUACCAAAAUCAGCCAUCUGCGCGUGAGGAAAAGUGAUUGGGAUCCUCAAAAACCUUACACAUGCGAAGCUUCAAAUUCUAAAGGCAGUAAAAACAUUCCUGUUGGUCCAUCACCCCCACCGCCAGAUCAACGUGCAGAUGUGUACUUAACAGUACCUACAAAAAUGGAGUUAGACAAUGGAACCGCAACCUUCAUGUGUUUAGCCCAGCGGUUUUCACCUAAAACAUACGCGUUUAAGUGGUUUCAGGAUGGUAAGGAGGUGACAGAUGCGAUAGACAAAUAUGACAAAAGUGAGAAGAAAGGCUCAGUAACCAAAUAUAGCGCCACAAGCAUUUUGCAAAUCAGUGCCGACAAAUGGAAGCAGCCAAACAGCAAAGUUAAGUGUGAGUUUGUGCACAAGGCGGGAAAUGAAGAUGUUGAGGCCGAAUAUGCAGCUCCUAUUCAAGAUUGCACCGAUAUUGCUGUUGAUAUAGUGCCUCCCUCCCUUGAAGACAUGCUGAAAAAUAGACAAGGAGAGCUGAAAUGCAAAGCUUCAGCAGAAAAUUCAGGUUUCACCAAAAUAACAAUAAAAGCGAAUAAUAAUGCCAUCGCUGAGGCAGCAGUAGGAGAAAACCAAAAAUAUGUGGAACUUGUCGCCCAGAUUGGCUAUGAAGAAUGGAGCAAUGGCACCGAAUUUACAUGCACCGUUGAACACAACGAGCUAGCAGAGCCAAAGGCAACUAAGUUCGUCAGAGAAAAUGGUAAAAACCCCAAGAAACCCACUGUUUUCAUAUUAGCACCCCCAGAGCACAAACCGGGUGAACCGAUGACCCUGACAUGUUAUGUGAAGGACUUCUACCCCAAAGAGGUGUUUGUGUCUUGGCUUGCUGAUGAUGAACCUGUGACUCUUGGGUACAGUUACAACACUAGCCUGCCGAUUCAGAAUGAUAAAUACUUCUCCGUCUACAGUCAGCUAACAGUUGAUUAUUCAGAGUGGAAGAGCGGUACAGUGUUCAGUUGUGUCGUGUACCAUGAAAGCAUUGAUGAAAAAAUGCGCGUACUGACUAGAUCUAUUGCUGAUAAUAUUGAUAAGGCAGGUGUCAUUAAUCUAAGUAUGAAUACCCCUGCAUCUUGCAAGGACUCAUGUAUUGUGUGGAUAGAGCAUCCCCUGUAUGACACCAUUGAUACAGAUGAUAGUGGCAUUGCAAACACUGCUGUAACCUUUGUUUUCCUGUUCCUCAUCACCUUGCUCUACAGCAUAGGGGCUACUUUUGUUAAGAAUCUGCAAGAAUUUGUUCAUUGUGUGACUGAAGCACAGUCUCUUCUAGCUGAGAAUAUUUGUGAGCCAAUACGUGUCAAUAAGCCUACUAUUGCUCUGCUGAGUAGAGAGGACGAUGACAGGAUUGUGUUGGAGUGCCAGUUGAAUGAUUCUUUCCCAGACAAACUUACUGUACAAUGGCUUGAGGGUGAUAAGCUUGUCAAUGCUGAAAUUAAUAAAAAGUUUCAGAACACUGAUAAAGGCGAGAAAAAAUACACUUACAGAAGUCAGCUAUCUAUCAGUGCCCGAUAUGAAUACAAAAAGUACACUUGUAAAGCCACCCACAACUCUGAAGAAUUCAAGAAAGAAUAUAACACGUGCAUGGCACAGUCUUUGUUCAAACCUUCAGUCCAAAUAAAGAAAGCCCAUCUCAGAGACAUUAUUCAGGAGAGUAAGGUCACGAUUUCCUGUGUUGUUGAAGCACCAGACAACACUAAAGUGUCAUGGUUGACAGACAAUGUAAGUAAAAAAGCCAGCAAAGAAGUCAAAGACCAGUCCAAUAAUAUUGUGAGCAACUUGACUUUGUCCAGAAAUGAUUGGUUGACCCUUAAGACCGUUGUUUGUACCGCUAAACAUCCAUGUUUCCCAGAAGAGAAGGUGGAAAUUAAAGCUGAUGAUAUAAAGAAAGAUCCUGUAGUGGUGAUCAGGAGGCCUUUCGUGAAAUCAACGCAGGCAGGCAGUGCUGUGCUGGAGUGUGUUGUAAAUGAUCUCCCCUCUGGUGAGGUCUGCAUGAACAUCCAGGCCGAUAAUAUUGAUAUCUCAGAUUUAAGUUGUGUGGAUUGGGCCCCAUCUGAAAACCUUUGGUCCUUGACCACACAUUUUACAAUACCUAGUGAGCACCAGAAGAAUGGAAAAACAUUUACUUGUACAGUUCAUAGACUCUCGAAAAAAUUGACAUCCAAACCUACUGGAAACAUUUUUGGUGAUCCUACCAUAGAGCUUGCUGUUGUUCACAGUGUGGGUCAGUCUAGUUCAGACUCACAGAAGCUGCUGUGUUCUGCGACAGGAUUCGACCCAAAAAUCAAGUGGCUUUCAAAAUCUAAGGAGAAAACUGGCGGAGCUUUAGACGCUACAAUGAUGGAAGAUGGACGUGUGAAAGUGUACCGUGAGAUACUGGUGCCACAGCAAGAGUGGAACGAAGGGGUCUCUUACACCUGUCAAACUGAUAACAGACACAGUGGGAAAACUGCUGAGAAAAGCACCAGUAUUUGUACAGUGAUUGCACCUUCCAGUAGGCAGGCAGAGGUCUACUUGCUGGGUCCAUCCCACAAUGAUGUGAGAUCUGGCGCCUCUGUGAUUUUGACAUGUUUGGUUGUUGGUCAGAGUGUCAGGUUAUUCUCCAUCCAAUGGAAAGUGAAUGGUAAACUUCUCAAUCAUGAUGUCUAUGAACAAGAGUCUAAAGAACAUAACAACGGGACUCAAAGCAGAGAAAAAAUUAUGAGGGUUUCAGUUACAGAAUGGAAUACAUAUGCUGUCUUUACCUGUGAGGUUACGCAUUUGUGCUCUAAUGAUAGACAGCAGCAGAACAUCUCAAAAACCCGAGACCCCAAACGACCCACUGUGAGAAUCCUCAGACCCUCAGACGGUGAUCUCUCUGGACUCCAAAACACCAACCUUCUUUGCUUGAUCACUGGUUUCUUCCCAUCUGAUAUCUCUGUGCAGUGGCAUCUAAAUGGGACACAACUAGAUGCGUCUCAGUUCACUAACAGUCCUGUGGUUGCUCACACUUCAGGAGGUUUUGCAAUGCAUAGUGCCCUUAUGCUGCCUGCAUCAGAGUGGAAGGAUGGCAUGUUCUCGUGUGUUGUUUCUCAUGAGUCAUCCCAAAGUCCAAUCAUCGGCACUUUAGAGAACUUGUAUGCCUCAUUGAUUCACUCCGCUCCAUCUGCAAAUCUGCUGCAAGGAGUUAGUGAGCUGGUGUGCCUGGCAUUUGGUUUCAGCCCACCUGCCAUCAACAUCACCUGGUGGCUGGGUAAGACUGAGGUGUCAGCCCACAGUAUCACCAAACCCGCAAAAGGCCCUGAUGGAAAAUUUAGCAUCCGAAGUCAACUGGAUCUCCAACCUUCAGACUGGGCACCUGGUGAGGUGUACACAUGCAGAGUCACUCAUGUUGCUGAUACCUUGGUGCUUAACAUUUCAAUGAAAACAGCAUUAUUUGAGGAGGCUAUAUUUAUGAAUGAGAACAAACCUGAAGCUAUUGCACAGGAUACAGUUGAAGAGGCCUGGAAUAUGGCCUGUGCCUUCCUCACCCUCUUCCUCCUCUCUCUUCUCUAUGGGUGCACAGUGACUUUGGUCAAAGUCAAGCCUACAUAA